AUGGACUUUCUUCAGAUGCAAGGAGCAGCAAAGCUGCAGCAGGUGACGCAGCUGCUCAAGUCACUCGAGAAAGACCUACAAGACAAGAGUCUCACAACGCCAGAGAGAGUUCAGACCCUUCUCCAGCUCCGACAGCACGGCACGAAUCCUACGAACGCGGGUCCAAUCUAUUCACAAAGUGGGAUCAAUACCUUAGUUCAGUAUGGGGUUGAAGGAGAAACACCUGACGUCCGGCGGGCGGCCUUACGCUGUGUUGCAAAUGCACUUUUGCUCGAUCCGAAAAUGCGCCAGGUCUUUGUGGACACAGGAUAUGGUGGCAAGCUAGCAGAUAAACUGAAGACCGAUAAUUCAGAAGAUGAGAUGGUAACAAGUCGCAUCCUAUUUUAUGCGACUUAUGAUACCACAAUGGACUUUGAGAACUUGAUCAAGGGCCAUGCGUUGGGGGAUAACGUCACCUAUCAAUUGAAUCGCCAUGCAAAGCAAUUCCCUGAAUCGGGAAGGAUGCCAUUGUCGCAAAUGGACGAGUUGGCACUCACAGACACCUUGAAGUUGAUAUACAAUGUCUCGAAGAUUUACCCAGAUCUUGCUGCCUCCUUCUCGCCUUCUAUUCCUCAUAUUUUGAAGAUUAUCAGCCGUAUGGACAUCUCGGAACAACCUCUGGAUGGUCUUCUUGGUGGCCUACUCAAUGCUUUGUCUAUUCUCGAUCUGGGGGAGAAGGGGGGCAAGGUCUUUGACAGUAGUUCUCUUUUCCCGACAUUCAAUGAAAAUUGUAAUGUGGAAAGACUAAUCACCAUCUUGGACCGGGCUGUGUCUCUGUAUGGCCCUGAAGAGCUGGAAACAAAAGCAAUCCCAUUGCUGUACUCACUCAUUGCCAUCCAUGAAGUUGCACCAGAAGAUGCUCAAAAGUACAUGCGAGGGCUUCUCCUACCUGAGGAUGGUGAUCGAAGCUUGCCAAUCGGACAAUCGGACGCGCUCUCUUCAAGACUUCUCAAGCUCUCCACAAGCCACUUCGCUAAUCUUAAGGUUGCGAUAUCUGAAUUGAUGUUUGUCUUAUCUGGUAAGGAUGCCGAGACCCUUACCAAAAACAUAGGCUACGGCUUCGCUGCUGGGUUUUUGGCAGCUCGUGGUAUUGAAAUGCCACAAAGCGACAGUGAAGUGCACUCAGCCACCACUGAUGGGGCUGAUGUAUUGCUCAACCCGAUUACCGGGCAAAGGUUGGAUGCUGAGCCCACUGAUGAUCUUCCACCAAUGACUCAGGAAGAGAAGGAGCGUGAGGCGGAGAGACUCUUUGUGUUAUUCGAGAGGGCAAGGGCGAAUGGUCUCCUUAAUGUUGAGAAUCCUGUUACUCAGGCUCUCCACGAGGGAAGAUUUGAAGAGUUGCCAGAUGACUCUGACAGCGAUUGA